UUUUAGAUUUGCAAGUAUGAGUGGAGCUCUUGGUAGUCAACGUUCUAGUAGCGCUGGACCUGCUCGGCCAGCUGGAAUGUCUAGUGCCGGAAAAGUGUGUCAGUUUAAGCUGGUUUUGUUGGGAGAAUCUGCUGUAGGAAAAUCGAGCUUGGUUUUGCGGUUUGUCAAAGGACAGUUUCAUGAAUACCAGGAGAGCACAAUUGGAGCUGCCUUUCUUACUCAGACAGUGUGUGUGGAUGAUGUUACUGUAAAAUUUGAAAUCUGGGAUACUGCUGGUCAAGAAAGAUACCACUCUUUGGCGCCCAUGUAUUACAGAGGUGCCCAAGCAGCAAUCGUUGUAUAUGAUAUCACUUCUCAAGAAUCCUUUGCGAGAGCUAAAAACUGGGUAAAGGAGCUCAAUCUGCAGGCAAAUAAUAUUGUCAUUGCCUUGGCCGGAAACAAGUGUGAUUUGGAACCACAAAGAGCCGUGUCUAGAGCGGAAGCGCAGCAAUAUGCGGAAGAUCAGAACUUACUCUUCAUGGAGACGUCUGCAAAGACAGCGAUCAAUGUGAGCGAAAUAUUCAUGGAAAUCGCUAAGACGCUGCCAAAGGGCGGAGGACCCAAAGCAGACGGAGGAAUUAACUUGAAUCCCGGUCGUGCCGGCAACCAGAGAUCAUUUGGCUGCUGCAACAAAUAAGUAGUCGAAACAAACAGAACAGACGUAAAUUUCCAUGAUUAGAUUAAACUUUAACCUAUUUUCAGCAUUUUGAACUCUCGAUCCUUGCACGCAUAGGCCGUUUAAAUGGAUAGAUAACUUCUUUUUUUUUCAUGGGAUAUUGUAAGUAUGUUAUAAAGAGAAUGUCAUAAUUACCUUUGCGAUAAUAUAAAAAUGUGCUAUUUUCAUGAGAUAAGAUGAAAAUGUCUAACGGCAUUUUAUCUUCUAAAUUUGAUUGACUGCGUCUUGAUUUCAAAAAGGUUUUGAAAUGGUUCAACGGAUAGUGGUUCAAUCCUUUUUAUUCGAUUGCUUUAUUGAGAAAAAAAUCGACUGCAGACUUUCCCUUGUUAAAAUGUGAAUGAAAAGUUAUUGAGUUUCAAACUAAUGGUAGAGCUGAUAUCUGUUAUGAAGGAAUUUUAGGCUCAAAUUUGAGAAUCAAGGCAAAUUGUUUACAAAAUAUGUUUGAAAUCUAUUGGCGCUGUAUAAGUAGUCAUUUUCUAUAAUUAAAAUCCUAUCUUUAUAGCCCGAAGUCAUUCGUCACUCGAUCAACUGUUUUCAUAAAUUAUUCAUCCCUAUUCAAGUUCAAACUAUUCUCAAAAUCAGUCGAUAUAACACCAUCGGUUGUUUGUAAACCAGCCGAAGUGCAAACUAGAGGUAUUUAUAUGAAUUUACCAAAAAUAGUAGGCUGCGUCAAAGUACCCAGAAGCCAGAAUUGUAACAAAUGCGAAAAUCAUUCAAACAUACCCUUAUAUGAUCUAACUUCUGCAUUUUUUACAUUCCCUUUUUCAUUUUUUUUUUCAGAUUACGGCUGGUUUAUUCAUACUCAGUUGCAUUGACUUAUAAAUUUAUCUUUUCAAAUUGAGAUAAGGUUUUCCUUCAUGAAUGAAAGAAGUCAAAUCUUCAGGAGGAAAAUCUUUGUAUUCUUGAAUCGAAAUUGAGGUUUUCUGUACUACUAAAUUUACAUUUAUUUUAACAAUUAUACAUGUGUAGAAAAUUUAUUUUGUGCUAAA